AUGUCGGGUGGAUGGAGCACUAGCUUGCUUGACUGCUUCAGUGAGUGCAGUGUCUGCUGCUUGGGAUUUUGGUGUCCUUGCGUUGUUGUUGGGCGUGUUGUAGAGAUUGUCUCCAAAGGACAAACCAGUUGUUUUCAGCAUGGAUGUUUAUAUGCAGCAAUUAAUCACUUUACUAACUUAGCAUUCUGCAUUACUUGCGGCUAUCGAACCAAACUGAGGGGGCAGUACAUGUUGGAGAUAAAACCUUGCAACGAUUGCUGCGUUCAUUUAUUCUGCAACCCCUGUGCCUUGUGCCAAGAAUACCAUGAGCUCCAGAACCGUGGUUUCGAUGUUGCCAGUGGGUGGAAAGGAAAUGCGUCAUAG